AUGAGUGAGGAUAACAAGAUUACACCGGUCGAAGGAGUAGCCUUUGACAGAGAAGCCAUAGACGUGUCGAUAGUCAAGCAAGCCAACGAUGCACGUCUCGCAGAACACAACCUCACCCUCAAAGAAGCAUGCAUCCACUACCGCGCUGCCAUAGGCUGGUCGUUCCUCUUCAGUUUGGGCGUAGUCAUGGCCGGUUUUGAUCCGCAACUAGUUGGCACCCUUGUUGCGAUUCCGCAGUUCCAGCAUGACUUUGGCGUUGAGCUUGCAGACGGAUCUUUUGUUGUCCAGGCCAAAUGGCAGUCAGCCUUCAACCUGGGCGUUCCCGUUGGACAAGUCCUGGGUGCAUUUGGUAUCGGUUGGCCGUUGGAAAAGUUGGGUCGUCGAUGGACCCUGGCCAUCUGCUGCACAAUUACAUUAAUUACAGUCGCGCUUCAGACUUCGGCGCAGAACCGACCUCAGAUUCUGAUCGCCGAAUUAAUCAACGGUAUCGUUCUGGGAGCGUACCCUGUCAUCGCUCCCACGUAUAUCUCCGAGGUGACCCCCGUCGUAUUUCGAGGAAUAGCUGCAGCAUUUGUCAAUCUAUCUUUUGUUAUUGGCCAGCUCGUUGCCAGCGGGGUGUUAGCAGGUUGUCAAUCGCGUGGGGAUAGAUGGGCAUACGACAUCCCGUUCGCUACUCAAAUCAUAUUUCCAGUUAUAAUCUUGGCGCUUCUGCCCUUUUGUCCAGAGAGUCCUUGGUGGCUGCUUCGGCGCGGAGAUGUUGAGAAAGCACAAAAGUCUCUUCAACGGCUUGUCGAUAAAUCAAUCGAUUCCUCCACUCUCCUCGCGCAUAUUCAACUCACCACGUCUAUCGAGGACAUUGAAACCGAACAGGCGCGGUUUAUUGAUUGCUUCAAGAAAACGGAUCUCCGUCGUACGAUUAUCUGCAUUAUGGUAUACGCCAUUCAACCGCUUGUCGGCAACUUUCUCGUGAUUGGCUAUGCCGUUUACUUCUUUGAACUGGCAGGUUUAGGCACGUCAGCUUCAUUUGAUUUAGGCGUGGGUUUGCUGGGAGUCGGGUUCGUCGGUACCGUUUUUUCUUGGGUUCUACUCGAUAAAUUUGGGCGACGUACCAUCUACAACCAGGGCUUAUGUGUUCUAGUCAUCCUUGUCUUGCUUGUGGGUGUCCUUGACGUGGUUCCAGGUUAUGGCACAACAAACACGGCUGUUGUCUGGGCACAGUGCUCCAUGAUGGUUGUCUACAAUUUCAUCUACGAUCUGACCAUUGGACCUUUAUGCUUUGUCUUUUUAGCCGAAGUAUCAUCUGCCAAAUUGCGCGAUAAGACAAUCGCACUGUCAACAACGGUUAAUGCUCUGAUCAAUGUUGCUUGUGCUGUUGGCAUUCCUUAUGCUAUCAAUCCGGAUCAGGGCAAUCUGCGCGGCAAGCUCGCACUUAUCUUUCUAGGAGUCUCUGUUCCUUGUGUUAUCUGGUGCUUCCUUGCGUUACCAGAAACUAAGAAUCGAACCUUUGAGGAGCUGGAUCUUAUGUUCCAGCGGCGCGUGCCAACGAACAAGUUUGCAACAUAUGAUUUCCAGGAGGAUAUGGAAGAAAGGGACUAA